AUGUCUGGAAGAAGAAGCUUUAAUAGAAACCGUAAACACUGCAGCAUUUCCUUCCUUUGGGAGCCAAAAGAAAAAAAAAAUCAGGAGCUACACAAAAGAUCGAGUUGUGUUGUGGCCGGGGUAUUCAGGGGGUAUACAUUUCAGGGCUAGCUUUUCAUCAAUCACCGUUACUACAACCACAAUAACAGCACAAUGAAUCAACAGCGUUUGUUAAGCAUGUCAGUCUAGAGAGCGGAUUCAGUAUAGGCCAAUUUUAACAUCGUAAGCAAGAAGUAGAAGCUGCCACCAUGGCUCCAACACUCACCACUGCUCACAACCGUCGGUGGUGGAUGGCCUGCACUGCCGUCAUUGAAAACCUCCUCUUCUCUGCCGUGCUGCUUGGCUGGGGUUCCCUACUCAUUAUGUUGCAAUCAGAGGGGUUCUACUCUUAUCUUUGUCAAGAGCCAGAAAAUAUUACAAAUGAUUCACUUUCUUUGAAUGAAACUGACAAAGAAGAAGUCAUAAGAGUGAAUGGCUGGCUGGUAUGCGACAAACAAAAAGAGAUGUUAAAUUUGGCAUUCACAGUUGGAUCCUUUCUCCUCAGUGCCAUCACACUACCUCUUGGGAUAAUCAUGGACAAGUACGGCCCUCGCAAGCUCCGUCUUGUGGGAAGUGCAUCCUUUGGUGUAUCCUGCUUAAUGAUAGCAUAUGCAUCCAGCAAUCCAAAUGCUUUGUCGGUGGUGAUUUUCAUUGCCCUCUGUUUAAAUGGUUUUGGUGGAAUGUGUAUGACCUUCACAUCACUCACAUUACCCAAUAUGUUUGGAGACUUACGUUCAACAUUCAUCGCCUUGAUGAUUGGUUCCUAUGCUUCAUCUGCUAUCACUUUCCCUGGCAUAAAGGUUAUCUAUGAUUUUGGGGUUGCCUUCAUCACAAUUUUGCUGGUUUGGGCCGCCUGUGCUGGCUUAGUCUUCUUCAACUGUUUCUUCAACUGGCCACUUGAACCAUUCCCUGGGCCAGAGGACAUGGACUACACUGUAAAAAUCAAGUUCAGCUGGCUAGGAUUUGACCACAAAAUCACAGGGAAGCAGUUUUACCGCCAGGUUACAACUGUGGGACGACGACUCAGCAUAGGAAACUCAAUGAAGAACCCAAAAGAUCUGUCAGAAUUGGAUGGAAACAAACUCUGUCUGUCCACAGUGGACCUAGAACUCAAAUGUCAGUCUGAAGAGGAAGCUUCUCCAUCAUUCAUGAGAAGUAUCUUCAGUUCCAUCUUCCUUCUCAGUUUGGUGACAAUGUGUGUGACCCAGCUGCGACUUAUAUUCUACAUGGGGGCCAUGAAUGAAAUGUUGGCAUUCCUUGUGAAGGGAAACCUGAGUACGGUAAUGAAGGCUGUGGACACAUACACUUCCAUUUUUGGUGUCCUGCAGCUUUUAUGUUUGGUCACAGCUCCUGUAAUCGGUUACAUCAUGGACUGGAAGCUGAAGGAAUGCGAUGAUGGAACACAGGACACAGAUGCAAAAGAGGACAAUCAAGGAAAUCCCAAGAAGAAGCGUGAUCGACAGAUUCAGAAGCUUACAAAUGCCACCAGGGCAUUUGCUUUCACUAACCUGUUAUUGGUUGGAUUUGGUCUUACCUGCCUUGUUGAGAAUCUUCCUCUACAGAUCCUAACAUUCAUUUUGCAUACCAUUGUAAGAGGAUUCAUACACUCAGCAGUUGGAGGCAUUUAUGCUGCAGUAUACCCUUCCACGCAGUUUGGCAGCUUGACAGGCAUGCAGUCUCUCGUCAGUGCACUCUUUGCACUUCUGCAGCAGCCACUUUUCCUGGCAAUGAUGGGACCACUGAAACGUGAUCCUUUCUGGGUGAACAUUGGCCUUCUAGCAGUGAGUAUGCUUGGUUUUUGCCUCCCUGCCUACCUGAUAUUUUACAAACGACAGCUAAAGAAAAAGAAGCAUCAGAAAGCUGAAGAGGCAAAACUCUUCCUCAAAAUCAAUGGCACUGAAAAACCUGAAGCAUUUGUGUAAGGAGUUGGCCUGGCAAUAGGAAAACCUGGACUUCCUGUAAUGCCUCUGUGUCAUGCAGUCCAUAUCUACAGAUGUGUCUCACUGAUGCUUACCUCCUCACUGACCCUCCUGUCCAUAUUGCCCUCCAUGCCAGUGACUUCAGAGACCACUGCAAACUAACAGCAGAAACAAAAUUUUCUCUGUCAACUACAAGGAAUAUAUACUAUCUUUGCAGUGGAAAACACAGCAGACACAAUGGGAUAAAGCUGUUUUUUUUAUUUCUCUUUCAUUAUUUCUUUUGUAUUCAUUUUAAUUUAGCUUUGUAAUACAUUGUGACAAGACUUUUGUGGCAAGGCCAUGGCAUCCCUGCUUUUCCUGCUGCAGUGGAGGUUCAUAGCCUAGAAAACUCAAGGGGGAGGGACCAGUAUUUUUAAAUGAAGAAGUGAGACGCUUUUAUCCGUUGAAUGCCAUACUGGUAGCUAGAUAAAUAUACUGCAUUUUUUUGCACACUGUGCCAUCAUGGCCUGGAAUGUCUUGCACAUGUUUGUUAUAGCCCUGUUUGCUACAGAGGCAAUGAGUGACACGUGACCAAUCUGUCUCUGUACAGCAUGGGACUUUGUAUUUCACGUAUUUGUAGCAUUUCAUUUCAUCCAUGUAUUGUGAUCUCUCUAAAGCAAUGUGCCAUUUUUCAUAUCUGUAUUAUUCAUUACGUGGACAGGGAAUGUUAAUUUCACUCAGUGUGCGGAAGUAAUCCUUUCCAGUGCAGAGUACUAGGUGUCUGAAGUGGGUAUCACAAUGUGAAGAAGAAAAAAAGUUGUUCCAGAGGUAUACUGCUUGAUCAGGUACUCCUCAAACACUUCAAGCACCAGUAUUUGGAUUAACAUCAACCAUUUUAUAGGCAUAGUCCUUCUGUGCCCUUGUAAAUUGUUUAAAUGGGGUGAGCAGCAUAGGUUGCAGGAUGCAGCUUAAAAUGAAAGUAGAAAAAAGGGAAAUAAAUUGUACACAGUCGUACAUAAACUUUAAAAACAUUUUCUACUUGGCAGGAUACACGUGCGUGCCCUUACACGCACACACAUGCAAAAGGCUAUUUGGUUGCUGUUCUGUUGUGUUAGAAAGUUUCCAGACAAUGUGUAAUCCUGUGCUUGUGGGCUGACGUUGUAGCAAGAAGACUUAUGGCCAGUUUUUGUUGUCUGCAUUUAGACAAUGCAUUUUCAGGACAUGUAUGUAGAACACACAAAGUCCAGUAAACAUUAAAGGCAGAGUUUUCUUCAGUAGAACAUGAGUUCAUGUAAUAUGUCUUAAGUUCUGUCAUGUUUUAAGAAGUUUCAUCCAAGUUAACAGUUAAACUGCACAUGACUGUUAAUGUAUUUUUUUCUUGUACUUUGUUUUCCUGUUCAGACAUGUAAGUCUGCAUGGGUUCACUGUUCCCUUAUCUUGUAUCAGAGCUCACUGCAGAUUUCUGUCGUGUAAUGUGACAGCACUUUUGAAAAAAAACAGAUUUUAAUCCUUUUUUAAACACUGGCCAUUUGCCUAUAUGCCACUUCUCAGUUUUUUGAGCAACAUAGCAAUCAUCUGUAGAGCUACCCCUUAGAUUAUACAUUUAUAGUUUCACUUUUACAAAUAAAGUUAAGGGGUACAUAGCUAGAUUCCGUGAGAGAAGAUGGUUUAGAUGAGCGAGUGAGUGUCCCUGCAAAUUAAUUUACAACUAGAUAAAUGCAAAUAUUAUGAAAUUUAAAAAAAAAAUUCAUGUUUUUAACUGAAGGGGGAACCUAAAGUCAGCUGGACGUCCAGCUUUGUUAUUUUCACAGGUGUGCAUCCUUUCAUCCAUUACACACAUGAAUUAUUUAAGGGUAGGACACAAACCUGACAAAAAAAAUCAUAAAUCUGCAAGUGAGCAACAAGGAUUCCAAAGGUAACGUAAUAGUUCAAGGAUGAGUCUUUACGGACAAAAGCUACACUGUGUAGGCAAAGUAGGAGGGUUUAAAAGCAUAUCAGAAACAUUUGAAGCUAUUCAAAGACCCACCAAAGUAAAAGUGUAGCAGUGCAUGAACCUACAGAUAAAAAAAUUGUUGUCAGCAGAAGAAUGGAGAUUUGUAUAAAUAUACCGUUUCCCUUCAGGCUUAUAUUCAGGAAAUUAACUCUAUGUUUGUCUUGUGGUAUCAUUUUUUUUUCUUGGCAAUAAACAAGCAAGAAGCAAAUUAUACAGGAAAUACAGACUUUAGCAUCUGAAUGUAUGGCACAUUAUAAAACCCUGGGGAAAAAAGUAGUCCAAUGGGCAUGCUUCACAAUUAGAAGAAACUUGAUCUGAAUUCAAAGAGCUAGGCAUUAGUUUUUUUUAGCUUUCAUCUUUUUUAAAUUAAAGUCUGAAUACAAAUUAUUCACUAGUUCUGUGUUAAAGUAGAAACAAUUUUUUUGCAGUGAACAUAAGUAUCUUUUUAAUUAAACAACAGUUAUUACUGAAUUUGAGAAUUUCAAGUAUAAAACCUAUAAUACAUACUACAAGUCUGAGUACUUUUCUGACCUAUUCACCUUCGAAAAUUUAUCAGUUUGUUUGUUCUCUCUUCACUUUAUUUGAAAAGUGGUAACAAUAAAAGACCUCGUCACAGUGUCUGGUUCUCCAGGUUUAAUGGCAAUGGUAAAAGACAUGUCUCCUUUCUUUGUAAAGGGUGCACAGGCAAUGUUUGUCACAUGGGUUUCCAAUGAGACCUCCAAAUUGCCUGUAGAUAUAUGUGCAUUGUGAGUGCAUGUGCAUCCUGAGAUAGAUUUGAUGUCCCAUUAGUGAGUUCCUUGCCUUGUACUGUUGCCAGCUGGGAUAGGCUCUGACUUCCCGGGACUCUGAAUAAGAUAAUAUGAGUAUUGAAAAAAAUGAAUAAAUAACUUGUGUAAUCCUUUAAUAAGGAGAGCACUAAAAUUAUCAAAAAUCCUUUUAACAUGCAGAACAUACAUAAAAUUAUGCACCUUGCACAAUAAAUGAUUGCUUGUCACCUGCACACCUGCUAGUAGUCAUCUAUAAAAGAACUGUUACUAGCUGAAUGUAAAUGCCUGAAGGCGUAAACACAGACAGUUUUAUUUUCCUCAAAGUAUUCAUAAAAUAACUCCCUUAAUUUUUAAAACUUAGCAGUAUGUAGAAAAUUGAAUAAUUCAGGUAUUGUAAGUAAUCAGUGCUUAUCUGGCAUAGGUUGUGAUUGCUUCUACUAGCGUGGUGCUUCUUAGCUUUAGUCAAGAAAAUGGGCUAUUUGUUGGCUGCCUUUUUCCUAGAUGUAAUAUGUUCUAUAUGGCCCUUUGGGAAUUUUCAGGUCAUCUGGAGGUGCUUAGUUGCUAAUUGUCUGUAGGGAAAAAAGUGUGCUGGUCCCCGAGAUGAGAACUUCUCUCCACAGUCAACAUCUCUGUAGCAAACAGUGUAAUAGCAUCUAACCCUGACUUUUUUGUAUAGUUUUCUACAUUUUGGUAGGAAUUCCACUCUUUUUUCAGCAUAACUCAUACAAGAAUGACAGAGAAUUGGGUAGUACAAAGGAACUGGACAAGCUAUGCAAGAUUUCGCCUGCCAAGGGAAAUCCAUACGCUGCCUCUAAUCUGCACUGGUAUUGGGAUUGUUUAUGGAAGUUCCGUGACAGUGUACAAAUAUGUACCAGUAUUGCACCCUGUAAGCUUGUGAGUGUUGCAGUUUUAUAUAUGUACACCUUUGCACACUCAGCUUAAAUUGUAGGCAUUGACUCAAGUGCCAGAAGUGCCCUGUGUCUGGUCACUGUACAUUGGAUUUACUGUUAUCAUUACACUGCACCUCCCUACAAGCAAGUCUUGAUAGCUGAUGAAGUUUUCAGGGCCCUUUCUUCAUUUCAUAGAAGCUGCUCAUGGAGAGCUUUCCCAUGAUACAUCCUCCCUUAAUGACAAGCAUUUGUGCUGAAUGAAAAGAUACCCAUUUUGCAGUAGUCAGAAACAGAGUUAUAAAUAAAGUCCACUGACAGUGAAAUUAAGCAGCCAUGAAAUAACACAUGGGUAUUUAACAAGGCAGUCAUGAAACAGUAUAUGGGUAUUUAACCAGACAGUCAUUAUAGAGUAUCUGGUACUUCCAACAGUCUAUUCCUGCACAGUUGAAGUUACUAAAAUAUUUUUUUCUUUCAGCUUGGAAUCAUGUAGCUUUCUCCUGAUUACAUACUCUGUUUUCAUUGUUACUAGCUCCCACCAUGCAGAACGGUCAGUCAUUUCCAUGUGAAUAAAACCCAGUUGUGCUCUUGUCAUAGUUUUAAUUUUAUUUCUGUUUUAUAUAGUGGCAUAUGUGGGAAGUAUAUUAUGUAAGUGGGUGGGUGGGUAUAUGCAUGUUGUGUGAUGCAUUUUUCAAGGCUGAUGCUCUUUUGUUAAACCAACAUGUUUAGUAAGUGACAUACAACUCAAAAUGUGAUAUUCCAUGGCCAGGGCAUUUUAUUUUAUAAGAAUUUUUAUAGAUGCUAUAUAAAUAAGCAGAUAAGAUGAACAAAAAAAAGUGCACAGGGUUUAGUUGUAGUCUUGUGUGUUUAUCGGUGCAUGCAUUUCAUUUUUAGUAAAAUAAAGAAGUGAAGUGUUGGUUUUAAAGCCGGUGGAACAGGUUUCCGGAAUAAUGGCUGUUUCAAAGACCAAGCACUCAGAUGUAUCAUAUCUUUUAUGCAAUAAACAGUGGUGACAUACAGCCACAGAGUUGCUGUCUGUGGCUUUGCUGUGGAAAACUGAUUUCACAGUGGGAAACUGAGGGAGAUGUAACAUUUUCUCUAAAUGUUCUGGUAGUUUAAUUAUCUUUAAAACAAGUUGGUGCCCUGCCUUUAGUAUUUGGAACUGUGGUUUUAGGGGUAGGGGGGUGUAUUUCUGACAAAAGCCAUAAUCUUUAAUGAGUGUUAUGCAACUCUAGUUUUUGGAAAAAUGGUUAACAAGGGGUUACUGUGCCAGUUUCCACCUUGCUCAAUAAAAAGGCAUCAGAAUAUAGCCUGUUAUGUACAUAUAUGUGGUUUGUUUAUAGAUUGACAGCUGUGAAUGUUUUCUACAGUUGAUUUAUAACUGAGUUUUUACUUUUAUAACCUGAAGUAUGUGCUGUGGGCAUAUCACCCCCUUCCCAGUGCACAGCCUCCUCUGUCUGCAGGACACACUUGUUUUAAAGGUGAUUUUUUUUAAAACACUGAGUACUGAGGUAGCAACACCUAUAGCAGUUAAUGUAAUUUUAUAACCAGACAAAAUUAUUUCAUGUGUGUUUAAACUUGAGUUUUACUCUUUCCACAUUUUCUUUGAAAGCCUUUUUCUCAUUUUCAUCAUGAAAUGUAAAAAAAGUAAUGCAUCUGAGCUUCUUGCAUGGAAACUAUUUACAAGAUAGAAUAAAGCACUGUACAUCACAAUUUCACAUUUAGCAGAUUCUCAUGCUAAAACUACACCUGUCAUUUGUCAGUUGUCUUCUUAGUUAUGUCUAGAGGCGUGUAACAAACUUUUCAUACAAAAAAGUGUUUGCAUUUUUUUGCCAAACUUUAAUAGUUUGGUAGUUGUAAAAUUAAUGCACAAUUACUUACCUUCAUUAAUCCAGCAUAGUCAGAGCUGGAGCCCAAAGUGACAUAAGCUCAUCCUGCCUGCCCAUUAAUACUAAUGCUGUUAAACAUGGCUCUUUAUGUUUAGUCUUCCGCAUUUGGAAGAAAUAUUUAAAACUAUGUACUUUUCUAAAGGAUGCAAAAUGGACUUGAGUUUUUUUUUACAGAGAAAAGUGUUCACAUGCAUAAUGUUUUUUUGUGUGAAAAGAGAAGGUUGGGAUUUCAACUCUCCUCCCAUUUUGUACUGCAUUGUGCCUACAGUCGCAGAAGGGACUCUCAUAUGACAGCACAAUAUAUGUUAGACUAAGGUGAUGUAGUCUUUUUGAAUGGUGAAGGGGAAGUUACAGACAUCAUACCUGCGGUUGAGCUGCUGCCAAGCACUCAGUUUUUCUCUUUUAGCAGUCUGCUUUAGUACUGUGUAAUUAACCCUUGACUGAAUUUAAGCAAACUGCAGUCAUAUACCAGACGCUUUACAGCAAUUUUUAAGUCCAGUUUUACAAAUGAGAAAUGGCUUCCUCUUGACCAAAAAGUUUCAGUAGGAUUUUGUUAUUGCACUUUAUGAUUUGUAGGGAAAGCAUUAUCCUACUGUCAGUUUAUAUAUACAUGGAGGUGCCUUACACUACUAGACUUGGCUUAAUGAAGCCAAAAUGCAGUUAAAGUCACAGGGAAGCGAUUAACCCUACCCCACACCUGCUCUUGACUCCUCAAACUUAAAUAAAAUGUAGGCCUUGUAGAUUAAUAUUGGGCAGUCAGUCACCAGCCCUGUGCAACAUGACAUUUACUUGUACCAAAAUGCAUUCCAGUGCUUCUUGCAACACGCUGGGGGGUUUACAUCUUAUAACAUAGGUUUCAGCAGCACUGUGAGGAGAAAUGCAUGGUAAUUCUGGCUGGUUCUUUUUUUUUUUUUGCAAAAACUACCUUUUUUAUACAUUUUUAUUUUCUUCUUGUGUAACAGUGUACAACAAAUCUGACAUCUGAUUCCUGUCAUUUUUAUUCUAAUUUGUUCAUCUUUUGUUAAUUCAGUGUAUGUCUAAACAGUAUUUGUAUAUGAUUUACUAUUCUUGGUAUUAAAUGAAAAAAUAAACUAUUUCAUCUUCUGAAUC